AUGGCCAGCCCUUCUCCACUUUCCUACGAUUAUCGACACUCGCCCCAGUUUUGGGAUGUAGUCACUCAGACCGUAUGUCUUACUGUGAGCACCGGCUUUGUCGCCAUGCGUCUGUAUUCAAAGUUCCAUAUCACAAAGGCGCCUGGAUGGGAUGACUGGACUUGUUGUCUGGCUUGGUUCGGGCUGAUAGGAUAUGUCGUUCUGGCUUUCGAAGCAGACAGACACGGAAGUGGUGUCCAUCAGUGGGAGGUGGACGCCUCGGAUCUGCGCGAAUUCUCCAAGUUGGCCAAUGCAUCCCAAAUUCUCUAUGGACCUUUGAUCUUCUUGACUAAAUUGUCCAUCUUUCUUUUAUAUGUGCGGGUAUUCGCGCCAUCGGCAAAGUGCAACCCAUUCUGGUUUAUACAGGUCCUCAUCGGGCUGAACUUCUUGUUCUACCUGGCAGAUACCAUCGUGAAGAUUUGCGAAUGUACCCCGCGUGCGAGAAUAUGGGACAAAAACGUCCCGGGCCAUUGCAUCAAUGUCAAUAUACCGAUCCUUGUGACGUCGAUUGUGAACGUCGUCUCAGACCUUAUGAUGCUCCUGAUGCCCAUCAGGUGUGUAUGGCGUCUGCAGAUCCCUGUGCGGCAGAAGAUAGGGAUUUCAGCGAUAUUUGCAGCAGGCAUCUUCGGCUGCAUCGCUAGUAUCAUGCGUCUUGUAGUCAGCAUCGGGAACAGUGACACGCCUGAUAAGACAUACGACUGGUUCCCCGAGUUUUUGUGGACGACUGCGGAAAUCACGUCGGGAAUCGUCGCCAGUAGCUUACCGGCUCUACCAAGCUUUUACAGGCACACUUCUCAAAAGGCAAAGGCUCUGCUGAUGAGUAUAAGCACAGGAAGCUUAGCGACUUUUAUGAAGAAAUCAGCUAGCGCGAGCAAUGCAUCUAGAGCUAGACAGUCCAUUUCGCGCCAUCCUUGGCACUCUGCUCUGGAUCGCAGCGGGAGCAAUUUGGUGUCUGGGUCGGACUGGGAGAUGGGCGAGGUCGGGCCGUUUCAUGGGACGUGCUAUACAACUACAGAAGCUACGGCGGAGAGAGAUGGGGAGAGAGGGUUCCACUUGAACGUCGAUGGUCUCCGGGUCGGGGAGGAAUGCGGACCGAGGGCUGGGAUUCUGAAGAUCGUGGAGGUAGAUGUUGAGUCCGGUCCGGGGUGAGGACCUAACGCGAUGACGGGUGCAUGAUAUGUAGCUUCUACGAGAU